UCAGAUUGUCACGAGUAUUGGAGUCAUCGGAGAGCAAAACAUUUUCAUUGUUUACGAAAAUUUCCUCAUGGUGGUAGAGAAAAAAUAGUUAUGUAAAAAUCAGGCUAAAGGCUAGUGAGAGCUUUGUCUGUAAAUUAUUUCUGCAGUGUAUACUGUAGAGGAGUAAAUUUUUAAUUUUACAGCCACUAAGUUUGUGACUUUAACGAAUCGGAGCAAUUUCGAUUGUACAUUUUCAUUUUCAAGUGCAUGUUAUGAUAGCGAAGUUCAAUGAGUCUGCAAAAAUAAUGAGUUUUAGUGAUAAGCAAGACAGUAUGUCAAAAGAUGAAUGGAUGGCAAAACUUGAAGAGGGUUCACAUAUUCAACGUGUACAGAUGAAUAAUCUUAUUAUGAAUUACCUCGUAACUGAGGGUUUCAAAGAAGCUGCCGAAAAGUUUCAGCAAGAAUCCGGUGUUGGGCCGACCGUGGAAUUAAAUUCUUUGGAUGAUAGAAUUCGUAUUCGAGAUGCUAUUCAAAAUGGUCGUAUCGAGGAGGCUAAGGAGUUAGUGAACCAACUUCAUCCAGAAUUAUUGGAUAAUGACAGAUACUUGCACUUUCAUUUGCAGCAGCUUCAUUUGAUUGAGUUGAUUCGUACUGGACGUAUCGAAGAAGCUCUACAAUUUGCCCAGGAACAAUUAAGCGAAGCUGGCGAAUCGGAUGAAAAUAUUUUAAGCGAACUAGAGCGCACUUUAGCUUUAUUAGCGUUUGACGAUCCACAAAUGAGUCCUUUCAGUGAUUUAUUACUUCCAACACAUCGACAGAAGAUUGCAAGUGAAUUAAAUGCUGCAAUAUUAAAAAUGGAACAUCAAGAAUCUACUAGCCCACGACUGAAUAAUUUAUUGAAAAUGAUCCUUUGGGCUCAGGAUGAAUUAGAUAAGAAAAAAGUGAAAUAUCCAAAGAUGACAGAUUUGGGUAAUGCUACAAUUGAAAGUCCAAAGUAACUUGAACGGAGAUAAAGAUAAUUUUAAAAUAGUUUUUAUUAAAAACUUAUAAACAAAACGAGAUAUUAAUUUUAUU